AUGAAACCAAAGAGGGGCUGGAGGGGCAGGUCCAAAGAUAAAAUGGCUAUACCAUACCCACAAGUCGUCCUCCUGGGCGACUCACUGUUCCAGUUCUCUGUCGAGACCGACAACGGCUUUUCGUUUGAAGCGGCUCUGCAGUCUAGAUAUUCUCGCCGUUUAGAUGUCGUGAAUCGCGGCUUGUCUGGCUACAACACUGCCAAUGUCUUGGAGUAUUUCGACCGACUUAUCCCGGAGAAGACAACUUCCUCUCCAGAGAUCAAGUACCUAGUUAUUCUUAUCGGCGCAAACGAUGCAGUCUUACCACUCCCCAGCACAUGGCAGCAUGUUCCUCUUGAACAGUAUGUGACGCCACCACCACUGGACGAGAUCAAGACCGCAAAAGACGAUGCAUCAGAAGGGUACCCCUGCAGCAUACGCCGUGCCGCGAUCAGCGCGCAAUAUUCUCAAAAAGCCCGGGAUGUGGCUGCCGAGCAUGAGAAUGUGACCCUCAUUGACCUGUACCAGGUUCUCAUGGACAAGGCCAUUGAGAUGGUCCCAGGCGACUACGAGAAGGGUGGGCCUCUGCCAGGCACGCCAGAGAAUGGGAAACGCGCAGGGCUCAAGGAGCUCCUGCCAGACGGACUUCAUCUUGGCGGCACGGCGUAUAGGGAAUUUUACAAGAUUUUGUGGCCUCAUAUUGGACGUGAGUGGCUUGAUCUGCCUGAGGGAGACCGUGCUGGCUACGUGUUCCCAGACUGGAGGACAUUUGAGCCGAAGAAGACAGAGUAG